CUGUGUCAGUUGAGUGGUUGUCGAGAGUGAGAGAACACAACCAUGGCGGCUACGACGACUCUGGGCUUUGUUCUACCGACUGGUUUAUCUCGCCGUGGCGGUGGCUUCAGGGUUUCACUGAUCCGAUGCUCCGCUUCUCCUCUCACUAACUCCACCGCCUCUGGCCUUGUGGAGAAGCCUUGGGAUUCGUAUAACGCUAGGCUUGUGUUAGAAGACGGCUCCAUCUGGCCGGCUAAGUCAUUUGGUGCUCCUGGAACCCGUGUUGCUGAAUUGGUCUUUAACACCUCCUUGACAGGGUAUCAAGAGAUUCUGACUGAUCCUAGUUAUGCCGGGCAAUUUGUGUUAAUGACAAACCCACAGAUUGGUAACACCGGUGUGAAUCUCGAUGAUGAAGAGUCUGAGCAAUGCUUUCUUGCUGGUUUGGUCAUAAGAAGUCUAAGCAUCAGUACCUCAAACUGGAGAUGUACUAAGACACUUGCUGACUAUCUAACCGAAAGGAACCUCAUGGGAGUUUAUGAUCUUGACACUCGAGCGAUAACACGUCGGUUAAGAGAAGAAGGUAGUCUUAACGGUGUGCUGAGCACAGAACAAACCAAAACAGACGAAGAGCUUCUGCAAAUGUCCCGUUCGUGGGAUAUUGUAGGUAUUGAUCUGAUAAGUGAUGUUUCAUGCAAAUCUCCCUACGAGUGGGUCGACAAAACAGACCCUGAGUGGGAUUUCAACUCGAAUUCACGCGACGGGGAAACAUACAGAGUUAUUGCUUAUGACUUUGGCAUCAAGCAUAACAUCCUGAGACGGCUAUCCUCCUACGGAUGUCAAAUCACGGUUGUUCCGUCGACGUUUCCAGCUUCUGAGGCGCUUAAAAUGAAUCCAGACGGGAUUCUGUUCAGCAACGGUCCUGGAGACCCUUCUGCUGUGCCAUAUGCUGUUGAGACGGUUAAAGAGCUUCUUGGUAAAGCUCCUGUGUAUGGUAUCUGUAUGGGUCAUCAGUUGCUUGGCCAAGCUUUGGGUGGUAAGACCUUCAAGAUGAAGUUUGGUCAUCAUGGUGGAAACCACCCGGUUCGUAAUAACAGAACUGGCCAGGUGGAGAUCAGUGCUCAGAACCAUAACUAUGCGGUUGACCCGGCGUCACUACCUGGAGGCGUGGAAGUGACACAUGUGAAUCUCAAUGAUGGAAGCUGUGCGGGUCUAUCUUACCCGGCGAUGAAUGUCAUGUCUCUCCAGUACCAUCCUGAAGCCUCCCCUGGACCUCACGACUCUGAUAACGCAUUUAAAGGGUUCAUAGAGCUUAUGAAGAGAUCGAAACAGAGCUCCUGAUCAUGGGAAGUAAAACAAGUCUUUUGCUUUUUGUACUAUUUGCUUCGCACUUGCAUUAAACACCAGUUGUUUUGUUUGUGACAAUGGAGUGAAACUAUUGUUCUAGCUGUGACUGUGUUAAGGAACCAACAUGAGACCGAAUAAAUAACUAGAUUUUUUGUAAAAGUUAAAAAAAAAAAAGAAUGGAGGUGUUCUCACCUGCUCA